AUGUGCACUAUUAAAGAAGAGCCGAUCCAACGACGGCUCUCCAGCCCCCAGUUGACCUGUGUGAGCCCACCCCCUAGUCCCCAAGCCCAAGUACAGGAUAUUUACAACCACCGCACGAUCAGCAUGCGCCUGUCCACAGUCUUCGUUCUUGCUAGCGCGCUUCUUGUCGCACCCGCUGUUCAGUGA